CCGCCUCCCGCUCCGCCUUCCUGUUCAAUCAAGCGCCGAGCGGCGGAUUGCGGUGGGGAUCGAUUUUCUCGGCACUACCAUUACCGCUUUCCGCUCCUCCCGUCGACCGCAGUUCGGCCCGACUGCCCGUACCGCAGCGGAAGGGGUAGGGUGUGCCCAGGUCGUCUGUAUUCCUCCGGUUGAGGUGGCUGGUCGGAAGCCCGGCGUUCUGUGCUCGUGUUCCACUUGGCAGCGAGGGACUAUGGAGCGCGUCUUUACGCCGCUGGACUGUCUCCUGCCCGCUGGAAACUUGAAGUUUUGCCUCCUGAUUCUGAACCAGCCUUUAAACAGAGGUCAUUUUCAUUGCCUGUGGAGCAAAGCUGCACUGAGAGCUUGUGCUGAUGGAGGUGCUAAUCGUCUCUAUCACAUCACAGAAGGAAGACAGGACAGAUUCUUGCCUGAUUACAUCAGUGGUGACUUUGAUUCUAUCCAGCCUGAAGUCAAGGAGUACUACAAGCUUAAGGGAUGUGAGUUAAUUGAGACCAUGGAUCAAGAUUUAACAGACUUCACCAAGUGCCUUCAGAUACUCCAGAAAAAGAUAGAGGAGAAGGGCCUCCAGAUUGAUUUGAUUGUGACUUUGGGUGGACUUGGAGGACGCUUUGACCAAACAAUGGCAUCAGUGGAAACACUUUUUCAUGCAACAAAUAUCACUCCUUUUCCAGUGAUAGUUAUCCAGGAGAGCUCGCUGAUUUACUUGCUUCAGCCAGGCAAGCACAAGCUACAGGUGGACACAGGACUGGAAGGUUCCUGGUGUGGCCUUAUCCCAAUAGGGAGCUCCUGUGACAGCGUGACCACAACCGGUCUCAGGUGGAAUCUUGCUAACCAGGUGUUGAAGUUCGGAACCCUUGUCAGUACUUCCAAUACCUAUGACAACUCCGGGACUGUGACCAUUAAGACAGACAAGCCUUUGCUGUGGACAAUGGCAAUCAAACUUUAAGAUGAAAUGCAACUGCCUUUUCUAAUCCAAGUGAAUUUACUUCAAAGUUUCACUGAAUUGAGACAGUAAAACUGACUGUAAGGGAAUAAGUAUGCACUGUAUAUAAUAAAUGGAAAACAGGUCUGAAAUAAAAGACCAAAUUGAGUCUAGGAACAACAAAUCAGAAGACUCACUGCCACCCUAUAUGAUCACAAACAGAAGGAUAUGUAAAUAAAUUGCUAACCUGGUUAGUUUGAACUAUUAUUACAAUACUAAAGUAUUUUUCCCCAUUUUACCAAAAAGAUACAGUACUUAGUUGCACAGAGUACACUUUCAUUAUGAAAAGGUGAUAGCAUGAAGCAUAAUUGUUUCCAGUCCCUAUUUCUAAAAUGUAUAGUUGCUGGUGACAUUUUCUCAAAAAGAGUAGUAGUUGAAACUUUCUACUCAUAAGGCAAGUUUGUCCAUUGAAGAAGCUUUGGUUUUGCUGUAACUCUAACAUCAGACUUCACAACAUUAAGUGAUUUUAAAGUCUGCAAUGCAAAGUAGCACUGUAACUUUUACAGUUACCAAAUCUUUCUAGUAAGUUUAUGGAGUGAAAUACAAAUUUCUUGCUCUCAAUAUGCAGACCAAGAGCAUUCCAUCUCCUAAUUUCUGACGUUUUUAAAUCAAAGUAUUCAGGCAUUCAGUACUUAAAAUGUCUACAUCAAUAUAUGCAGAGGCCUUUGUAAUUCUUUAUGUAAAUGUCUCACAGAGGUAGUAUCCAAAACAAGUCAACAAGGCUAUGCUUCCUUUCCAGCAGUCAGAAUAAGUUUCUGUUGAUUCUCUGAAGAACUGUUUACUAUUUCUGAAAACUUACUUAACCUCAAACUGUAUGUCUUAGUAACCAAAUUUUGUUUCCUUAAUUUUGCCAUCAGAGUAAAGAUCAGCAAUGAAAGUCUUUUGUUUUUCUAAUUUUUUUCCUGUUAAGUACAAUCAGUUGCAAAUGCAGAAAUGGAUUGGAAGUGGUGAUAAAUCUAAAAAUUAAUUAGAACAAUUGCAAUUGAUAGACUUUUAGCUCAUCACAUACAAUAAUUAUGUCUUCUCACUGCCUUCCUUUGCAUUGGAACAGAUUCUGCAAAGAGACUGUAUAUCCUCCACCUGUAGAGUUUUUAAGGACUGAACAGGACAAACCUCUGAGCAGUCUAAUCAGAAUGCAGUGCUGACCCAGCUUUGAGCAUGAGCUUGGACUAGGGAUGUCUCAAGGUUCCUUCAUACUUGAAUUAUUCCAUUACAGUAGAGAAAGGUAAAAGAAACACUCUAGUAUUUAAAAAGAAAAUGUUGUAAUUAUGUAGAUAUGAUUGUGUACCCUUUGAAAGAGAAAUAACAUAUCAGGAACAUCUGAAAACCCAGUGUGAGUUUGCAAUCUAUUUAACAAAAAAAUAAAUAAAUUACAAAGUUGUGAUUUUUUUCUUUUUCA